AUGCAUCACCAAUAUAUCUGCAGCCAUUCUCCUAAGCCAGCCCAUGCCCAAGAAAGGACGGACAAUCCUUUGAUUCCUCGGGUCAACCCGAUCGCGUUGUCGUACAUGGGCAAGCAAACACUCCACGUGUAUGAUUCCCAAUUGAAGGCAGGCAUAGACCUGCAGGUUCCCAUGACGCUCCAGCCGCCGGUCCUUAUCCGCAUACGCAUCAGAUCGGCAACCCAGUUCUUCGCUUCUACUGGCGAUAACCCGACGAAUCCAGAAUGGAAGUCCAUCACCACCGAAGCUCCCGUGAACUCACUCGUAUUAUAUUCACGCCUACCCGUCCAUCUCAAACCGCAAUACACCCUCGGCCCACUAUUCGUUCGACACUGGGAGAACCUGCCAGAAGAGCUCCGAGUGAUGAUCAUAACUCAGAACAUGAUCGCAUACCCUGUUCGCCAGGGCUGCCGGUACCCAAUGGAUCUGAUCACAAAGCUAUUUCCGCAUUGUCGGAUGACGCCUCAUAUUGCUCGUAUGGCUACGGAAGCCUUCUAUAGGAACAACGAGUUCCUGAUCCAGCUCAACUCCGGCAUGCCCAAUCGGUACCCACCGGCUCCGCUCAAUUGCCUCAUCCGUCGACUGCAUCUGACUAUGUACAUCUGCCGUUCGCAUUGCACGUUCCUACGGAAGCUAUCGGAGGGUAGACUCGGCUUUGGGAGCCUGAGGUACCUUCGUAUCAAGAUUAGCUGGCACUUCCCUGUGCGCGAUAGCGAUAACACAGAUUGGGAUAACUUCAUUGAUGAUACGACGGACAAUCCAAUCGAAUUUUUAUGCGGGGGCAGUCUGGCUGUGAUCUCACGACCGGCUGGUUUGAUCAUGUAUGUUCAUAGGCUCAUGCGCGCCGAUCCAGCAAAGCAAGCAGUCAUUCAAGAUCGGAUCAAAUUCGGGAAGAAUUGA